AUGUCAAAUAUUCCAUUUUCAACUUUGGAGAACACAGAGUUCAAAGAGUUUCUUCAGUCGUUAAACUAUUCACCUCCCUCAAGGUAUAAGUUUAAGGAAACGUAUCUUCCUGGCCUCAUGAAAGAUCUUACGAAUGUGAUGAAGUAUCAAUUAGAUCGUGCAGAUUGGGUGGCAAUAACAACAGAUGGUUGGACUAACAAUCAGAAUGACAAGUUCACCACAGUCACAGCGCACUUCUUGGAUAAAGAUUUUCAAUAUGUGUCUUUUGUAUUGGACUUUAUUGCAUCGGAACUUUCGGAUACAUCAGAGAAUCUCUCAAACCAACUAGUGAAAUGCCUUGAGUCAUGGAAUAUUAAAGACAAGGUAAUAGCUGCGGUCACUGAUAAUGCUAGGAAUGUCACUAAAGCUAUAAACAUUUCCAACAUUAAGUCCUAUAGAUGCUUAUCUCAUACUUUACAACUUAUUGUUAGUGACUGUAUAGAUAUUGGCAAACCACCUACGGAAGAUGAAAUUCAACUGUCGGUUUCUGCCAAUGCGGAAAGUGAUCACGCAGUGGAGCAAGACACCACACAACCACAAUCAACAGUCAAUAGCUCAAAUGGAUUGUCGGUUUUGUCUCAUGAAACUUCGACUACCACCAGUACAAAUAAAAAAAAAAAACUAUCCACAACUACAAAUCUGUCAAGAAAGAAACAAAAGUCAUCUCAACCACCAACAAAAGAUCUCAUGGAAAUGGCCACCACCGACCAGGAUAUCAGUAUUCAAGCUCAACUAUCAAUUAAAACAAUAAAUCCUGAGUCAUCCCUUAGUGUCAGGAAUGUUUUAAGAAAAGUAAGAAUUGUUGUUUAUAAGAUUAAAUUUAGUAAGCCACAUAGCACGAAUUUAAAGAACAUUCUGAGUGCAGUCCCAUCUAAUAGCAAUAGCAAUAACAAUAGCAAUAACAAUAACAAUAACAAUAACAAUAACAAUAACAAUAACAAUAACAAUAACAAUAGCAAUAGUGAUAGCAAUAGCAAUUCGCGUCCGAAGCAAAGUCUAGGUUUUCGUUUAAAAUACUACUCUCCAACCAGAUGGUGUUCUCUUUACAAUAUGGUUCAAAAAUUCAUGAAGUAUUAUAAAGCUAUUGAAUUGUUAGCUGAACCCGCUUUUGCUUUUUCAAAAGAUGAACUGGAUGUACUAGACGAUUAUAUACUAUUACUAGAGCCAUUUGAAUCAGCCACCAUGUACCUGGCACCAACAAAUAGGAUCACUAUCGACAGUGUACUUCCAAUGCUUGACACCAUUCCACUUGCGUUACAGAGUAAGAUAGCAAUGCUAAAGACAUCUCAAGGUAAAACAUUAAUGGAGCAAUUGCAAUCUUCUCUCAAAAAAAGAAAGGAUGAGUUGCUUGCUUCAGUACCUGAUUUAGUCUUGCCGUUAUUAUUCUCUCCAUUAUACAAGUCCCAUUUAAAGAUCAUAUGGGACAAUACCGUAACAGUUGCCCCAGAGGUUCAAAAUCCAGAGACCAAACGCCGUGCUGGCCGACCAACAAAAACACCAUCUAUAUCUACUGUACCGAUCAAAGCUACCGAUGAUAACAAGAUUGAACUAACAUUAACCGAUAAACAAUUGAACAUAUUUAUCAAUGAUAUCAAGUCUAAAGUAACAGUCAAUGAAACAUUACCAAAUACAACACCUACUACAACAACAUCACCCGCUAAAGUCACACCUCAAAUAGAUUUAUCACCAGUGUCAUUUAAUCCAUUUUAUAGAUAUAGUAAAGAUCCACAACCAAUAGAGCUUAAUGUAGAUAUACUCAAGAAGCAAUUAAUGGAUUUCCACAAUUAUCAGUAUGUAACUGAAGAAGAAGAGAGACUAGGCAAAUAUUCUAAUCCUGCAAUUUUCUGGUCGCAAAAUAAUCACCUAUUUCCCUAUGUUGCUCAACUUGCUCGCAAAUAUAUGUGUGUUCCUGCUUCUUCUGUGCCUUCUGAAUCUGUAUUCUCUAAAGCUAAUUAUAUAUUUUCCGAAAGAAGACAAUCAAUGCUAAGUAGUACAUUAAGAGAUUGUGUCUUAUUGUAUUGCAACAAAUCUUUAUUUACAAAUGCCAACAACAAUAAUAACAACAAAUAA